UGAAUCUACUCACCGGGUCUAUCGUAUAAACUGCUUCUCCUCCGCGAAAACAAAAUCAUAUAGUUUGGUUAAAGCAUUCGCGCGUUCUUCCAUUAAAAGAUGUUGGUGCUGUGCGGAUUUUCUUCCAAUCGUUUGCUUCCUUCACUCUGUAUUGCCCCAAAUAACAGCAGAAGCUAUGAAACCCCCAAGGACUGGAAUCCAUGGGGAAUUAGGGUUUUAGCUCCUACUACAGGUUCGACCACGAAAUCAAGAAUUUGUGCCCUCCAGUCGAAAGGGGCUUCUUCAUUUGAAGCCCCGCGGGGCACUUGGGAAGAACCUGACGACGGUAGUGGCAGUGAUUACGAAGACGAAGAACAAGAACAAGAAAAUGAUUUGGACUUCGAGAGCGAUUGGGAAGAAGAAGGACUUCCUGCUGUUGCUGUUGCUGUUGCAAGUGUUACUAAAUUCAAAUUCCCAAGUACUCAGUACGAGGAGGACCUCUUGAACGAAGUUGAACAGCUUUUGGGAUCAGAAGAGAAAGCAAUUUUGCAACAGAAUGAAGCUCCUGUUCUGAGGAAAAUAUCAACUGAAAAAUGGAGUCCACUUCAUACUCUUGCACUAUCAGGACAGAUAAAUUUCAUGGAUAAACUACUUGAGCAGGGUGUUGACAUUGAUGCAGUUGACAGGUUUGGUGAACAGGAUGGUUUCACUGCUCUUCAUAAGGCAGUUAUUGGUAAAAAGGAAGUUGUUAUUAGUCAUCUUUUGAGGAAAGGUGCAAAUCCACACAUCAGAGAUAGGAAUGGUGCUACCCCACUUCAUUAUGCAGUUCAAGUUGGUGCAAUGCAAACUGUAAAGUUAUUAAUCAAAUACAAGGUUGAUGUAAAUGUUGCAGAUAAUGAAGGUUGGACCCCAUUGCAUGUUGCAAUACAAAGUCGAUGUCGGGAUAUAGCAAAAGUUCUUUUAGUCAAUGGUGCUGAUAAGAACCGAAGAAACAAGGUUCUUUCAGCAUGGUUAUCCAUACAAGUUCUUACCUUAAGGAUUGACCUUUUGCCCAUACAAUGGUCUUCUAUGCAUGAUGGGAAGACACCACUGGAUCUAAGUUUAUGUUACGGAAAAGAUUUCAAGUCUUAUGACCUUGCAAAGUUACUAAAGCUUGUACCAGCUGACGGAGAUUUUUGAGUAGUGCAUAUAUCAAAGUAGAAAGCUACUGGUUUUCAAGCCAAUUCAUAUGACUUGGUUAUUGUGAUGUUCUUCAAGCCUCUGCAUUUUAAUGGUAAGGAGGUCAGGAGCCCAUAUUCCAUUGUGAAUUCACCUGAUCAAAGAUUAAGAGAUCCAAGCCUUAUUCUGAAACCUUCCCGCCAAGAUGAUGAGUUCAUGUUUAACACUGAAGUCUCUAGGAAGGAAAUGUUGAAAUGAUGCUGGAGCAGCAAGUUCAAGGGAGUCUUGAUAUAGAUGAUAGAUUGGUAUUAAAAGGAAAAAGACAAAUUUUGGAGUGGAAAGAAAAUCUUUAUUCUCGUUUUGUGGACAGCUUGAUAACCCUGCCAUGCUGGAUCUAGUGGCAAAUUAGUGGGCAAAUUGUGUUAUUUGGUGCACCACGCACAUUAGCUUUGGCUGCUACUCACCAUUGAAAAACCAGAACGGGUGAAGAGGCAUUUUUUACAGUGUUACGUUGACGGAGGAUGAGGGACAUUUAUACUGUUGCUGUUUAAUUGCUUAAACUUAAGCCUUUAUAUUUUUCAAGGCUGUUAGUUUUUAACUUUUUUUCCUAUUGUCAUUCUAAUGGAAUUGAAAUUCGUUAAUGGAGUCUGCACGGUUGGAAUUCCUA